GUUGCGGAGGGGGCUAACUCGAGCGACCCCCGAGGACCUUGCCCUAGCCUUGGCUGUUACGUAGGACGGACUGCGUAGAAAGAAGUUAGGCGUAAACGGAACAGGUGCGUCCUAGUCGGCACCCUCCCCCCGCCCCGUGCCCCCUGGUAUGGCUUUUUCUCUCUGUUUGCUCUGUGGAUGUUAACAUACCUAAUACCUUUAAGACCACUAAAUAGGUAGCUUGUGUAUUGUAUUAUCUCAUUUCUCACAACAAAAUGGAGAGAUUGCUGGUAUCCACCUUUGUGUAGAAGAUAGAGGCUCUGAAAAAAUAAAACUUACCCAAGCCAGGUUUCCCCAGCCAGUGAGUAGCUGAAAUGGCAAAAUGCAGUUUUGCCACAGUAGUGGUUAGAAAGGUUUUAUUGUGUAUAUGUGUGUUGGGCAUGGUCAGAGAUAAUUGUUAGGGAGUUUUGGCUUUUUGUUUUUCAGCACGAUAGUUCAGAUGCUUUGAGGAGCAUUGAGGGGUCCCUCAGCUUCUGCACCUCACUUAAUCAUACCAGAUGCAGAGGGGCUUCUGGGUACCAGUUUAUUCAGAGACUUUUUAUUGGUAGCUGUUUGUCUUCAACUCACACCCUAUGAUUAGUUAGCAAGAUUUCUCUUUGAGUUUUUUUGAAGUUUCAUCAUUAGACUGACUUGCUGAACUUUCACCACAAAACAGGUGGUGUUCUAGAUCACUGAUUUCUCAUGCUAGCUUUAGGGCAUCUCACUUAUCUUAAGGAUUGCUGUCACAUGCUCCAAAAUGAUUAUGAUUCACAUUAGUUUGAAUCACGUUUGGCAGAGAAACAUUGAUAGCACAGACCGUUGUAAGUGGCAAGUAAUUCUGGAAAACAGCUCAGACUUAUGAAAUCUAUUUAAUUCUCCCGUCUUUCUUAGCUACACUUCUGUAAAACAAACAAAACCAGACAGAUUUGACCUGUUCUUCCAGACUCAGAAUUGUCAUGAAGACAAAGUUACUUAAUAGGAUAAAUUUUAAGUUGCCUCUUGUUAAGUCCUUUUUAUCCUUCAGAACUUUGAUGUUUAUAUUUAAAUAUUUCUGUGAAUAAGUCCAGAUGGUGUAUGUCAGUAGGUUAGUUGAAACUGUGAUUCAUUGUGAAAUGUGGGGAAAUUUAAUUGAUUUUCCUUUGGCCCUUUUGCUAGGAGAAGGUGUUCCUCUAGGGUGAAUGGGACAGACACUGGUGGGCAGUGUGGAUUUUAUUUUGCUUUCAUACAAUUCCAGUUAAAAACUGAAAAUGCUGUAUUUCUCAACAGUGAUUUUUUUCCUGCUCCCAGAGAGUUUCAGAGGGCAAUUGAGAAGGAUUUGACUUGUCUUUUGGUUGGUGGGGUGAAUAUUUGAUUAAAGAAAAAUGAUUUAUUUUGCCUUAAAAUAGCAUUUUCAUAAAAUGGUGUCUUUUGGUCUGGCUUAUCCAUUCCUAACUGAGGCAUCUUCAUAGGUCUGUCUCUCUGGGCCUUAGUUUCCUUCUCUGUCAAAGAAAGACAGACUGGCUGCUAAUGAGGAGAGUGAAGGACCAUGCCCUUAAUUCAUCAGACAUUUAUUCAGUGGUUUAUUCUGUGCCAGACCCUGUUUGAGGUGACUGAGGGCGAGGGUCCAACAUGGAAACAUAUGGACCCUACCCUUAAGCCACAGGUGGGAGCUGUGCCACAUUCUGUGUCGACUAAGGGUAGUGGGGUGGUCUUAGGGGUAUUUUGUGUGUGACUAAGUGCUGUAUAUAAAGAGAUGGUACCUCGCGGCCGGCCUGGUGGCGCAAGCAGUUAAGUGCACGCGCUCCGAUUCAGCAGCCCGAGGUUCGCUGGUUCGGAUCCUGGGCGUGCACCGGGGCACUGUUUGUCAGGCCAUGCUGUGGCGGCGUCCCAUAUAAAGUAGAGGAAGAUGGGCACAGAUGUUAGCUCAGGGCCAAUCUUCCUCAGCAAAAAAGAGGAGGAUUGGCAUGGAUAUUAGCUCAGGGCUGAUCUUCCUCACAAAAAAAAAAAAAAAGAGAGAGAGAGAUGGUAUCUCAUAAACCCAAAACAUUUUAAGGAGCCCAGAACAACUCUUCAGUGACUGGUCAGCGUGGGAGGCUGUACUGUGGACUUGUCACUGGAGCAGAAUUCAGCCUAUGAGGAAAGACUUCAGGAGCAGAGGGAUUGGCCAGCUGUACUGUCGUUGAGCAAGCCUAGUUUUAGAAAGAGCGUUUUGGCUGAAUAAAGCACAUUCGAUAAAGGAUAUGGAAACUACUUUUCAGUUGGUGAGAAACAUCAUACCUCCUCUAACUACCAAGAAGCACAAAGGCCAAGAUGGAAGAAUAGGCGUAGUUGGAGGCUGCCAAGAGUACACGGGAGCCCCCUAUUUUGCAGCCAUCUCAGCUCUCAAAGUGGGCGCAGAUUUGUCGCACGUGUUCUGUACCCGGGAGGCCGCGCCUGUGAUCAAGUCCUACAGCCCGGAGCUGAUUGUCCACCCAGUUCUUGACAGCCCUAAUGCUGUUCAAGACGUGGGAAAGUGGCUGCCCCGACUGCAUGCCCUGGUCGUUGGACCUGGCUUAGGUAGAGACGACGUUCUUCUCAGCAACGUCAAGGGCAUUUUAGAAGUGUCAAGGGCCAGAGAUGUCCCUGUCAUCAUCGACGCAGAUGGGCUGUGGCUGAUCGCUCAGCAGCCGGCCCUGAUCCAAGGCUACCAGAAGGCUGUUCUCACUCCCAACCACAUGGAGUUCAGCAGACUUUCUGAAGCUGUGCUGGGAGACCCCGUGGACAGCAGCGAUCCCCAAGAAGCUGUGCUGAGACUCAGCCAGGCCCUGGGGAAUGUGACCGUGGUCCGGAAAGGGGAGCGGGACGUGAUCUCCGAUGGCAAACAGGUGCUCGAGUGCAGCCAGGAAGGCAGCAGCCGCAGGUGUGGGGGGCAGGGAGACCUCCUUUCAGGCUCCCUGGGUGUCCUGGUGCACUGGGCACUCCUCGCUGGACCCAAGAAAACAAAUGGCAUGGUGACAGUGAUGGCCCCACAUGCCUGGUGGGAUGUCCCGGGUCUGCAGGGCCCAAGAAGUCGAGGUACACCUGGCAGGCAGGGAGCACCGGCCAAACGGGCCCAGUGGGCGUGUGCCUGUGGAAGGAGAGGCUCUAGCCGGAGUCUAGUAAUGGUGGCAAGAGCCAGCUUCUCGGAUUCGGAGUAUUCCCUCACAUCUGGGCACUGCAGAGCACUUGCAAACCAGCACCAGUAAGUGCUGGUCUGGUUUCACCAGCGGGAACUGCUGUGUCCGGGCCUUCUCCAGAUGCCUAGGUAUUUUCCAUAAGCCUUUUAGGGAGUCUCACUGUCGGGUUAAUGGUUAUUCUAACUGAAAUGAGCUGCCUUCUGCCUCAGGGGCAUAUCAGACUUGAAAUUGCCAAUUUGGGGUCUCAGGGUAGGAAGGGGAGGGAAAUUCAGAGCCUGUGCUGGC